AUGGUGUUGCCACCCCCAGACAAACGCCACGUUUGCCUGACCACCAUCGUCAUCAUGACCAGCAUGGCCUUCAUGGAUGCCUACCUGGUGGAGCAGAACCAGGGUCCCAGGAAAAUCGGUGUGUGCAUAAUAGUGCUAGUCGGGGAUGUGUGCUUCCUCAUAGUGCUACGAUAUGUGGCAGUUUGGGUCGGUGCUGAGGUGCGCACCGCCCGACGAGGAUACGCCAUGAUCCUGUGGUUUCUGUACAUCUUUGUGCUGGAGAUCAAACUCUACUUUGUCUUCCAGAAUUGCAAGGCUGACAGGAAAAGUCUGGAGACAGUAGCACGGAAAGCAUUGACGUUACUAUUAUCCGUGUGUGUGCCUGGGUUAUACUUAGUUUUAGUGGCUCUGGAUAGCAUGGAAUAUGUGAGAACUUUCCGGAAGAAGGAGGACAUGAGGAGUCGUCUCUUCUGGGUGGCUCUGGAUCUUCUGGACCUGCUGGAUAUCCAAGCUAACCUGUGGGAGCCCCAGCGGACAGGCCUGCCCAUAUGGGCUGAGGGCCUGAUGUUCUUCUACUGCUACAUCCUGCUGCUUAUUCUUCCCUGUGUGUCGCUCAGUGAAAUCAGCAUGCAGGGGGAGCACAUGUCACCCCAGAAAAUGAUGCUGUACCCAGUCCUAAGUCUGGUCACCAUAAACGUGGUCACUAUCCUCAUACGUGGUGUAAACAUGGUGUUGUUUCAGGACAGUCGGGUCUCCACAAUCUUCGUCGGCAAGAACGUGGUGGCCAUCGCGACCAAGGCCUCCACUUUCCUGGAGUAUCGCAGACAGGUGAAAGAGUUCCCCCACCCACAGAAUGCAAUGGCACUAGAGCUGCAGCAGAACUCAGUCAGCCACACACAGCCACUGCCCAAUGCCACCAGUUUGCCACACGAACCCUCACCGGCGCAGGAUGUUAUCGACACAUGA